GAAUAUAGCGCCUCUCAAUGUGUAGUAAGAUUGAUAAUUGCUCCUCCAAGUUGGAAAAUAUCGAUGGUGAACUGUCAAAGAUAGAAGAAAAAUUAGCAAACUUUGACGAAUGCAGAAAGAGGACAUUUAGUUUAUUAGAAUCACAAGUAGAUUCUCUUCAGUCUGUACUUCAAAAUGAUCGAGUUAUUGUCCGCCUGAAACACAAGUGCAUCUCUUGUAUUUUCUGUCUGCAUUUCCACUUUGGCUGCUAAUCUAGUUUUGCAUGACCAGAACCUUAUUCCAUGAAACUAAGAAAAUUGAUAAAAAAUAAUAGAUGAAAGCAGAAUUUACACAAAGCAAGUUCCAUCCUUAGAUAGCGGAGCUUUUCCCUCGUCGAAUUAUCGCGUGUUUGUGAAUCCGUCAUACAGUUAUUAGUGUGGCAGGCAAUAUACUGUUUUUAGUUUCGAAUCAAAUGGUUCAAAUGGUUGAGGAUGCUGCUUGGAAAGACAUACGAACAGCUGUGGAAACAGCAGUAACAUCUAUUAGUCAUUUAAACCAUAGGGCCCCAGAAAACCAGUGGAUUUCUUCUAAGUCUAUUUCACUGAUGGAUUCGCGUAAACCCAUCCCAUCAGGUUCUGAACACGACGAAGAGCGUAAACAAAUCAGAUCUAGGUUAACUAAAAGUCUAAGGAACGAUCGUGAGCAGUGGUGGGCAACGAAAGCAAAAGAGAUGGAAAAGGCAGCGGCUGUAGGCAACACCAGGCAGCUCUUCAGACUAAUAAAAGAAACCGGAAUUAAUGAAGUCAAGUGUAAGUGAGACAAUCUCCCAAUAUAUAAAAAGGGGCCAAAAUCAUCCUGUGAUAACCAUAGAGGGAUUAGUCUGACUAACAUAGCAUUUAAAAUACUAGCCUUAAUAAUUAUCAGGAGCCUAACUAAGACUCGUAAACUGCAAACACGAGAAAUUCAGGCUGGCUUCAGACCUGGUCGUGGCUGUAUCGACCACAUAUUCACCAUUCGUCAAGUUUUAGAGCACAGAUACGCUUAUCGGCGUCCGACAAUGAUAGUUUUUCUUGACUUGAAAGCAGCAUUUGACUCUGUAGACCGAGAGGUUCUGUGGCAGUGUCUGUCAUUAAAAGGUGUACCUGAGAAGUACAUAAACUUGUGAAGGCUCUUUACUCGAACACUACCAGUCGAGUGAGAGCUUAUGGCGAACUGUCAUGUGAUUUUACAACCUCAAGUGGUGUCCAUCAAGACCUGUUGCUGGAAAUAACACUCUCGUCGACUGAAUUUUCAGGAAUUGAUUUCCUACCAGGAGGAUUGCUUAUCAACUUAGAAUACACAGAUGACAUAUUCCUGUUUGGUGAAGACACUGACAAAAUACAGUCUUCUGUUAGAACUGAGUAAAAAUGCCAGGAUGUUUGGGAUGCGUUUCUCCCCAUCCAAAUGUAAAUUGUUACUCCAGGGCUGGCCUGCGUCAACACCUGAACUAAGGAUAGGGAGUGAAGUAGUCGAACGCGUGGACAACUGCACUUAUCUUGGGAGUCAGAUCAGUCCUAAUGGGUUGGUGUGUGACGAAAUCUCAGCACGGAUUCAAAAAGCUCGUUUGGCUUUUGCCAACCUACGUCAUCUAUGGCGAAGACGAGAUAUCCGUCUAUCAAUUAAGGGACGAGUAUACUGCGCAACAGUUCGCAGUGUUCUACUUUACGGCUGUGAAACAUGGCCAUUAGGAGUAAAGCAAACACCUGAUAGUGAUACGGAUAUCAAGCAACACACUGGCUUAUUUGUAUCGACUGUAAAGUCGAAAUUGUCAGAUUACAUAAAAGCUCACCGUGAUAUCCACCUGCCCAUUUCGAAAUUUGGAAAACUUGUAGACAAGAGUUUUGUCGACGAACUUUCUCAUCUUAAUACCUAUUUUACAAAUCACGAGAAGAAAGAAUCUAAAACCAAAUCUAUAAUAAAACCUGUCCUAAAGGCAUCAUCGUUAUACAAAGAUUCUCUGUCAACUAAAGCUCCAGAUGAUCUGUUGCGGUUGGUCAUCAUCGAACACUUACUUCGUGAAGGCCAUGAAUCUCUGGCCAUUGAUCUGAUGCAUAAUUUUGGUUUUACUCAGGAAGAUAUAGGAUUAGAAAAGUUUAAGGAGCUAAGCGAUCUGGUUUCAUCUACACAACGAGGAGAGCUAGAUCCAGCGAGAAAAUGGUUAUCAAAUAAUCGAGAGGAACUUGGAGACAAAGCAAAGCAGUUAGAAUAUUGUCUAGCCAAACUUGAUUUUUUGUCUACAAUACAAAAAGAACCUGUGGAUCCAGCUGCCGUGAUUCAAAGUGCUCGCCAGCUGGUUCCUUUUGCAUCUGAUUACUCGUCAGAUUUUGAACAUCUUAUGGGGAGUCUUGUUUUUAUUGGACGUAGCCUAGAGGAUACUCCGUAUGCUGACUUGGCCUUGCCAACCAGCCCCACAAAAAUGUCUUCCGAAAGCUCUCAAGUAACCAAGACUUCUGAAGAUGUCUGUAUGAUGGAUGGUCAAUAUUCUCUCUCAAUGUCGCCUGCAACAACUAAACACAAGACAGAUGGUAGCAAUGCUUUGACAGAAGCAGCAAAUUUGUUUAAGGCCUCUUGCUGUUAUCAUUUAAAUUUAUCAGACACUGAUCCACUACUCACUGCAUUUUCCUCCGGAUGUCGUGUACUUACUCGGCUUCAUUCGUUACAACGUGCCAUUGCUUGCCUCAGUAAAUACAGUUCAUUGGAUGGUGACAUGUUACCAGUGAGUUUGCACAUAGUGAUUAUGUAACGUGAUUCUGUAAUGAUUUUAAACCUAACAUGGUAAAACAUCUAGAAUCAGUAUAUUAUCAAGUUGACCUUUCGAACUGUCACUCUUUGGGCUAAACAGAUUGUUUAUAUACUUCUACACAAUAAAUAAAGUCAGUGCCGUAAUUGACUUUUGUUCUAGCCUCAAUCUAGUCGCUACGUUCUUACUGUAGCCAACACUGAUGCUAAACAUGUUUACGCAGUGUAAUAGUAAUCGAAUCAAGUUGUUGACCGCUUCAACUAAUAUACCAACCUGUUUUGCAGAAAAGCUUUUUGUUUGAUCUCAAGGUCAGUGAUAUCAGGCUUCACGUACACUACAAUCACUACCAAUUUUGAGAUAACUGUACUGUGUUAUCAGCAACACUUGAGCACCCUGUUGGAAUCCCAUCACGUUUGUACUACUGAAGAUUCUGUAAUGAGAAGAGUGUCAAAGGUUAUUUAUCUUGGUAUUGCUGUUAAAUUGGAUCCCAGCGCCCACCGCCAUAAUAUCUUUCACUGUCCUGUUAUCAAAGAAGUAAUCUCGGAGUCGAAUGAUGGUGCUAGUGGAGGUGGCCCUGUGCGCUUAACGUGUGGUCAUGCUAUAUCACGAGAUGCAUUCAACUCUUUGGCUAGUGGAGAUAAAAGUAGGAUGAAAUGUCCUUACUGUCCUGUGGAGACGUUUAAAAACCAAGUAUUGGAUCUGAUAUUCUAAAGAAAAGUCAUCAACGUCUUAUGUGUGUUUGUAUAGACUUAUCUACGCUCACACCAUCACACUGGCGUAUCAUAUAUAUUAAAUAUACUAUAACAAGCUCAAAAUCUCAUAUAUUGAUAUAAACGAAGCUGUAUUGUGAUAUGCUGACAUGAAAUACUACUCAGAUAUUGCCUGUUGUAUUAUUAUACUGUAAGCUGUCUUCCUGUCAUCCGCCUCCUAUUAAAGUUUUUACUUGACUAUUGCAAAAAUAGAAACAAUUAACUGAUUAGAUCUAUUUCAUAGUUACACGUAUCGUUUUCUUUUCGGAUUAUUUCAUUUAGUCUUAUAGACAAGCUGCUGUGUACAAGUAUUUGUUUAUUUCUCCUGCCAUGUCGUAAUUGUGUGAGGCACUUCACAUCUCUUUAUAUAUAUAUAUGCCCACAAUUUAACUUAUAUUUUGUCAUUGUAACACUAGCUUAUUGUCAUCGUUGUUUUUAUUAUUGUCUUGUUUUUUUCUGCUUUGAGUUCAAUUUAUUCUACUAUCAAAAUACAACUGUUAAAUUAUAAACCUAUAUAUUCGGCAUAUAUAAAUAUAUAUCCCAUGAUUCU